AUCAGAGCGCACACCGCCAAAAUAUUAACCAAGAAACUCCUCCCAUCGCAUCCUACCGUGAGAAAACUAGAUAUAUUUCUAGUUCUGGCGGUAAACACACUUUAAACUUCUGCAGAAGACGGAUUUGCCUCGGAAAAGUGCAGCCUUGAACGCCACGUCGUCUAAAACAAACAAACUCAAAACUGUUUUCUACUUUCGCCAAAGCGAGACUUUAGGAUACGAUGCUUGACCCUUCUUCCAGCGAAGACACCGGUGGAGAAUCUGACCCCGAAGUGGUCCAGGAGCCCCCGAGGAAAGGCUCCGCUUCAGUGGCGGUGAAGCGCGGAAACAGCAGCGGCAGCAGCGGGGGCAGUGGUCGGGCUGGAGCACACAAGAGACCGCCCGCUGCACCUGCUGGAGCCGCGGGGAAGGGGCCGAAGGACAGUGCACCUCCAGCGGAGGAAGACGAGGAGAAGAAGGAGCGAGAGAGGCAGCAGAAGGAGGAAGAGGAGAGGAAAAUUAAACUGCAAAUUUAUGUGUUUGUGCUGAGGUGCAUAGCGUACCCGUUCAACGCCAAGCAGCCCACGGACAUGGCCAGGCGGCAGCAGAAGGUUAAUAAGCAGCAACUCCAAGCCGUGAAAGAGCGCUUCUUGUCGUUUCUGAACGGAGAGACUCAGAUUAUGGCUGACGAGGCUUUCUGCAACGCUGUGAGGAGCUACUAUGAGGGUUUCUUGAAGAGUGAGCGUGUGUCUCGGAUGGUCCAAAGCGGAGGAUGCUCGGCCAAUGACUUCAGGGAGGUUUUUAAGAAGAACAUUGAGCGCCGUGUCCGCAGCCUGCCUGAGAUCGACGGUUUGAGCAAAGAGACCGUGCUGAGCUCCUGGAUCGCCAAGUAUGACGCCAUCUACAGGGGGGACGAGGAGCUGCGGCGUGGGCCUCAGAGGGCUCAUCUCAGUGCAGUGUCUGAGCUCAUCCUCAGUAAAGAGCAGCUCUAUGAGAUGUUUCAGCAAAUCCUCGGCAUCAGGAAGUUUGAACAUCAGCUGCUCUACAAUGCCUGUCAGUUAGAUAACGUGGAUGAGCAGGCGGCGCAGAUCCGACGAGAGCUGGACGGAAGGCUGCAGCUGGCUGAGAAGAUCGCCAGGGAGCGGAGGUACCCCAAGCUGGUGUCCCCGGACAUGGAGGCCUUGUACGUGGAGGAGCUGAGGUCAUCUGUGAACCUGCUCAUGGCCAAUCUGGAGAGUUUACCAGUGUCUAAAGGAGGUCCAGACUUUAAACAGAAGCUCAAACGCUCCUCACUCAACAACUCCUUCUUAGACAUGGGGGACGAGGGAGACAUCCUGUCCAAGUCUGACGUGGUGCUGUCUUUUAAUAUCGAGAUAGUGAUCAUAGAGGUGCAGGGCCUGAAGUCAGUGGCUCCGAACAGAAUUGUUUACUGCACGAUGGAGGUGGAGGGAGGAGAGAAGCUGCAGACGGACCAGGCCGAAGCCUCCAGGCCACAGUGGGGCACACAGGGGGACUUUGUGACCACUCACCCGCUGCCUUCAGUCAAAGUGAAGCUGUUCACCGAGAGCACCGGGGUUCUGGCUCUGGAGGACAAGGAGCUGGGCCGGGUGGUCCUGAACCCCACCACCAAUGGGCCCAAACAGGCAGAGUUUCAUCGGAUGGUGGUCCCCAAAAACAGUCAAGACUCAGAGCUGAAGAUCAAACUGGCUGUUCGAAUGGACAAGCCUCCCAACAUGAAGCACAGUGGAUAUCUCUAUGCUUUGGGUCAGAGAGUUUGGAAACGCUGGAAACGAAGAUAUUUUGUUCUUGUUCAGGUGAGCCAGUACACGUUUGCCAUGUGUAGCUACAGAGAGAAGAAGGCUGAACCCCAGGAACUAAUGCAGCUAGAGGGAUACACUGUCGACUACUGCGACCCCCAACCUGGUCUACAGGGCGGUCGCGUGUUCUUCAAGGUGAGGGAGGGGGAGCUCGUCAUGUUUGCCUGUGACGACGAGCAGGACCGGGUGCUGUGGGUGCAGGCCAUGUACAGAGCCACGGGGCAGUCCUACAAACCUGUGCCCCCCCUACAGAACAAGACCCUCAACUGCAGAGGGCCCAACCAGAAGACUACAUCGCCCAUCAGUUUGGACCCUUCCCAGCGCCAGGGAGUAGAGGGCCUCAUCUCAGCUCCUCCGUCCCGCUUCGACCACGCUGCGCUGUUUACCAUCUUACAGAAGCACACACUUCAGCACAGGAUGAAUGACUCCUUCUCCUGUCUGGGCUGGUUCAGUCCCGGUCAGGUGUUCGUCCUGGAUGAGUACUGCGCACGGUAUGGGGUGAGGGGCUGCCACAGACACCUGAGUUACCUCAAAGACCUGAUGGACUACUCUGAGAACAGCUCCCUGGUGGACCCCACGCUGCUCCACUACAGCUACGCCUUCUGCGCCUCCCAUGUGCACGGAAACAGGCCGGACGGCAUGGGGACGGUGACAGUGGAAGAGAAGGACCAGUUUGAGGCUGUGAGGAGUCGUCUCAUGAUUCUACUGGAGGACCAGAUCACACACUUUAGGUACUGCUUUCCUUUCGGACGACCAGAUGGGGCCCUGAAGGCAACGCUCUCCCUGCAAGAACGGGUGUUGAUGAAGGACAUCACCACUCCAGUGCCAGCAGAGGAGAUGAAGAAACUAGUCCAAAAAUGUUUAGAGAAAGCCGCUCAGAUCAACUACAACCAGCUACUCGAAUAUGCUCAAAUUAAAGUGGACCCUCAGGCUGCUCCAGAAAAAAGGCUGGAGGACAUGAUGAGACUGGGGGAGCUCUGCAUUGAAGUCCUGCAGCAGAAUGAGGAGCAUCACUCUGAGGCAUUCUCGUGGUGGCCUGAGGUGAUGGCGGAGCACUCGGAGAACUUCCUGUCCCUGUACAAGGCAGACAUGGACGGCGCACUGCAGGUCCAGCCCGUGGACUCAUGGAACUGCUUCCCCCUCUUCCAGCUCCUCAACAACUACUUUCUGACUGACCCUCACCUGUGCAAUGGGGCCUUCCACAAACACCUGCAGGACCUGUUCAUGCCUCUGGUGGUGCGCUACAUUGACCUCAUGGAGUCGUCCAUCGCACAGUCCAUCCACCGCGGCUUCGAGCAGGAGACAUGGCAAUCCGUCAACAAUGGUACAGCCACAUCAGAAGACUUGUUCUGGAAGCUGGAUGCUCUGCAGAUGUUUGUGAUGGACUUGCACUGGCCUGAACCUGAGUUUGCCAAACACCUGGAGCAGAGGCUUAAACUGAUGGCCAGUGACAUGAUGGAGGCCUGUGUCAAGAGAACAAAGUCAGCGUUUGAGUCAAAGAUGCAGAAGUCCAGUAAAUCAACUGAUUUCCGGGUGCCACUUUCGGUCUGUACCAUGUUUAAUGUACUGAUGGAUGCCAAGAAGCAGUGCUCCAAACUCUGUGUGCUGGACACGGGCCAGGAGACUGACAAACAAUGGCAACAGUACCACUCCAAAAUUGACGUGCUAAUAGAUGACACGUUUAAGGAAAUGAUAGCUUCACUGGUGUCGAAGUUUUCAUCAGUUCUGGACGGCGUUUUGUCCAAACUCUCCAGAUAUGAUGAGGGGACCUUGUUCUCCUCCUUCCUCUCCUUCACCAAACCUGGGAUGGACGUGGCGGACACUUACAUCACAUUUGUGCGUCAAAACCAAGACAUCAUCCGAGACCGUGUCAGUGAUGAGCUCUACGUUGAGAAGGUUUUUGAUCAAUGGUACACCACCUCUAUGAAGUCCAUCUGUGUGUGGCUGACCGACCGACUGGACCUGCAGCUUCACAUGUACCAGCUCAAAACCCUCAUUAAAAUCGUCAAGAAGAGCUACCGGGACUUCCGACUACAGGGCGUACUGGACGGGACACUCAACAAUAAGAGCUACGAGACCAUCUAUAACCGCCUGACUGUUGAGGAGGCUACGGCGGCGGUCAAGGCCGGAGACGGGCUCCAGGGAAUCAGUAUGAGAGACAGUGAUGAAGAGGAUGAAUAAAGAACCAAUCAAGAUCUAAAGACAUUGUUUUGUAGAUAUUGGAGGAUCGGACAACAUUUACAGACAUGUCCAAAAGAUGCCACUGCUCAAAGAUGUGCGACCUGAAAUCUAAUCCCCCAAAUUUUUUAUUUGCGCAACCGGGAUGUCGCAAAUAUAUGAUAUAAAGUAAAAUAAAGAUUAUAGAGGGGCAGGUAAGACUCUUCACACCAAGUUCAACAAUGGUAACUGUCUGAAUAUGUGGUAGUGCGGUUUGCGUCUUACAUUUGUGGAAAAAGGGCCCAUGCAAAGCUGAGUGAACAUCCAUGUGUUAUCAUGAUGGUUAGUCAAUGUCACUCUGGAGAUUUUGUUGCUUUUGUUGGAAUGUUCCACAGUAGUUUUGUUUAAACUUUGUUGAUGUGCUGUAACUGUAAGCAUCUGUAGGAUCUGAUCUGUAAUCUGGCCUUCUGGUGCCACCUGCUUGUGGGGCAUUCAAGGAAAAGCAAUAACAUCACCAUGGAGGCAAAUAGGUGUUUGACCUUCCAUCAGAAAAGUUACACAGUGCACCUUUAAGUCAUCUCUCUGGUGAUGUCAGUUGCUAUUACUAAGAUGACAUUGUCAUAGUGACAAAAAAAAAUUCAGAUGAACAUAGUCAUACAUGUUCAUAUCCUAUUGGUUAAGACUGCACUGUACAUUUUCAGGUGGAAGUUCUGAAAACUCCACAAAUUGACAGUGCAAGACGUGCAAGUUACUGCACCAAACCAAAUAUGUUUUGGCAAUGAAUGGCCUGUGGGACUUUCCAGUCAAAGCAACUAUCAUGAAACAAUUAGAUGGUAGACUCUCCCCCAGAAAAGUUCCAUAGUGCAUCUUUAAAGAGUGGUGUUUAGAGCCAGAAAGAGAAGACAUAGAUUCAUAGAAUAAAUCUGUUGAUAUUUUGCAGCUGCUGUCAUCAACAUUCUCUUGGUGUUGUGUUGUUUAAAUCUUUUAGUUUUUAUUUGUUUUAUUUUCAGUCUGUCUUAAAAUUGUUUAGGCUGUGUUUGUCAAUGUAUGCAUUGUGUUACCAUGGUAACUGUGGAACAUUCCGCCAUAGACAUAGAUACAGCUGCAAAGUAUCAAAAGAACAGCAUAGAGACAAUGUAAUGAAGUGAACAGAAUGUGCCUGAACUAGGUUAUAGAUGAUCGUUUUUGGUGUAACACAGGUUGUGUGAAUGAAGAAAGGUCCCCAAUGAAGUACAAUUUUGAAUCUGUAUUUUUAUAUUACUGCUCAUCAGUGUUAUAGUGCAUAUUAAAAGAAAGAAAUUCAAAGGAUUUUCUCACUGUAAAAAAUAGAUGCCAAAGCUACAGUUAAUGUGGUCAGAGAGACAAAGAACUUUCUCAUAAUGUUGUUAUCAACAGAUUACUGCUGUUAAAAAUCUGAAAACUAAAAUCUCAAAGUUCUUGACUUUUAUACAGUUACCUAGAUUGUGGUAAAAUAAACUGCUUUCAUGUGACAUCACAACAUACAAGUAACCGUAUACCUUAAAACUGAAUUCUAAAGUGGAAAUGGCUGUUUAAAGGGCCCAUACUGCACUAUUUUCUGAUCAAUGUUAUAAUGUUGUUUCCUUGUGGGAAACGUUGUGUUUUGUUUAAUUCACACAUUUUAACAGGCAGGUUCUACACAUUUAGGCUGAAUUCUUCUCUCAGACAGAAAACACUUGGUUCUACCUUGUGAUGUUAUGUGGUAAUACAGGAAGUGCUCCACUAUGUUUUUAAACCCUAUACACCAUCACUAGAAUCAUUUGGAUAAUUUAAGCCCUGGAAUUUCCAAUCUCUACAGAACAAAAAAAGGUAGCUGCUAACUUGAAAACUACCUCUUCAUGGCAUCACAUGGUAGAACAGAGCUUUGAGGAUAUUUGAGGACAUAGACAGACUCAUAACAUGCAUGAAUGUAACAAAACAUAACUCUGGGCAUGUUUAUGUUGAGGUAACAGCAUUCUAACGUGGUUUAUUGUCAGUUGCACUUUAAGACAUAAUAUUGAAAUUGCAAGUUUGUAGAGCCAAUCCAUAAUAAAUGAUAAGGUUCAACAUAUGUGGCUCAUAAAUUUAGGUAUUUCUUUCUAAAACAGUGAAUUUCCCAUAGAAAUUAUGACAAAUUCUACAAUGUGAGUCCAUUCUGUUAACUAAAUACAAAAUCACUAGUUUUGUGCUUGAUCCUUACUAGAUUUUUACUAAGAUAUUCAGUUCAAAAAUUCAAGGGAUUAAGGCCUUCAAGAAGAGACUCUUUACAGGAAACAGCACUGGUUAACUGAAUAUUAUACUUUUUCAUGGUUAUCUUAAUCUCACAAUUAACGCUGGCAUUGUACAUAGUGUUAAUACAAAUACUGCCUGAAUGUACUUAAAGCAGGUGAGGGAGGCGGGGCUUGGACACCUGGUGUGAUGCCCCGCCCCCUCCAUGCGCAGCCAUACAGAGUGAUGUCACUGUACAGUUGUAGCUUGUUUUGGUCAGUGUGGCCUCAACAUGUCUGAAACAAAGAAGCAAAGACUGGUCAGACUGGAUUUGAAUGACGUCAUUGUCUGUUAAUAAUAGUUUAAUCUUGUUUUAUCCAUUGAAAAUAAUUGUGUUUCAUUGGAGAUGUUCAAAGUUCUCAAUGUGGGAUUCCCUCACCAAGAGGCAGUGCUGGGUACUACACCACACAUGGCCUAAACAAAUUCAAUAUUUAUUUUUCUAUUACAUCAGAUUCUUUAUUCACCUUAGCAUCUUUACUUCAGUGUUUGACACAAUGCAGCUAUUGUUUUAUAAGCAAAUAAAAUCGAAUUUCAUUCUAAGUUCCAUGCUAAGUUUUCUCACUAACUCCUAUUGAUGUUAUUUUAUUAACAGAUGAAUGAUUGGAUCUGGACAAAAGGAUUUAUUAUUUUAUUUUUUUAAUUGCACUGAAAAUCUAUAUAAUCAAAAUAUGUCCUUACAUCUCCACAAACCUGACUCUUUUGAUCCUUUUUCCAUGGAAACAAUGUUCUGGUGGUGUUAAUCUUUAUGUUAUGGUUUUAACUUGGUAUAACCAUGCAGAUGAAGUGCCAUCUCCAAAAAGUUCAAUAUUGCUAUAGUGAAAUACUCAUUUAUAUUAUUUAUUCAUUUAGCAAUAACUAGAAAAACAAUUAACUUGUAAUUAACAUUACAUUUUAUAGCCAUAUAACUGAAAUAUAAAAAUACAUAGGAAACAAAACUGCAGUUGCUCUUAUUGUUUUUCAGUCUUGUGAAAUGAUUGUUAUUUCAUAGGCAAAAAUCAAGUGAAUCCAUACAUUUGAUUAACCAUCAUUUAGUUAUUAGGCCUCGAUCAUUAUUGAUGGAAAUCCUCUUCAAAAAGCUUUUGUUUUGAGUAUUGAUGCUUUGACAGCGUCUAAACAUGUAGCUUUACCUGUUUAAGUGAAAGUCCGAAGUAGAAAACUGACUGACUGAAGUGGUUUACUUUGUUGUGAAUUUGAGCUUUAUGUAUCCGUAGGCCUCUCUAUAUUUGUAAAGCCUGCACGUUCGGCUCUGCAGGAGACCGGUCUGUUUGACGUUCCGUAUGUGAAUGACUGUUACAUGGAGUGAUAUUGUGGGACAUGCGAGUAGCGCUUCUGAUGUUUAGUGUCUCCUUGUGGUGUCAGUGCAGUUCAAAGGCCAAACGGACAAAAGUAAGAUAUUUAUAUUGUCUCCUUGUGCGCCUGCGC